GAGGCGAACAAACAAGACUCAUCGUAGGAACUCUCGAGUCUUUAAAACGUGGGCGUCUUGCGAUUGACUUUUUGGUUUUCAUCCUUUGAUUGUGUCUUUUAUCCUCGAUUCUUUGAAAUCAAACCAACGUUGAGCGAAACUUGCAGGGUUAUCGUUACUUUUUCCCGCUACCUUAAUUCGAUUGAACCUAUCACAUCAACGGAUUAUCCAAUCCAUCCUAACCCCCAACCACUUAUCAACUCUACCUAAGGUAGUUCAACACAACCACCCAAAUGACAGUCACAAAGCAAACGCCGCCCACGAUGCCGAUCCACCUCGAGAUACCAGUCUUCUCCCCGUCCUCGGCGCUGCACGCCCAGGCCAUCGGCGCGCAGCGCAUCGAGCUCAACGCGCGCGGGAGCUACGCCGUCGGGGGCACGACGCCCGCGCUCGCGGACCUCGAGGGCGUGAACAACUGGCUCAUGGUGCCCGUGCGGAUCAUGAUCCGGCCGCGGGGGAAGCGUCCCGAAGACGAAGUGGACUUUGUCUACAGCGAAGACGAGUUUGAGGUGAUGGUGAGGGAUGUGGAGAGGUUUCGGGGCGUGUUGAGGCGGGAGAGGGGGGAUGGGUUUGUGUUUGGGGUUUUGGAGCGGAGGAGUGGCGGCGAUAGUGGGGUCGUGGUUGAUGUUGAGAGGAAUCGGAGGUUGGUGGAGGCCGCUGGCGGGCUGGCGUGUUCUUUCCACCGGGCUUUUGACGAGGUCAUCCGCGAUGGCGCGGCCGAGACGAUUGCGAGGGGGGUGAGGGAUUUGGUGGGUUGCGGGUUUGAGGGGGUGCUUACGUCCGGCGGGCCGGGGAAUGCGGCGGAGAACCGGGCGGCGCUGGAGGUUGUUGUGCGGGAGGCGGCGUCGUCUGCCGGCAAGGGGACGGGAAAGGGACUGGAGGUUAUCAUCGGCGGCGGGGUGAGGAAGGAGAAUGUUGAGGGGCUGGUUGACGGGUUCGAGGGGGCUCGUGUCUGGGCGCACUCGAGUUGUUUCACGGGCAAGUGUGCCGAGGGGGAGGUUGAUGAUGAGGAGGCGAUGGGGAUUCUGGAGAGGCUUGCUGAGAGGUGAAUCUGAUUCUUUCUUUUCGGUACUUUGGGUAGAUGGUCGUGGGAGUCAGUGCAGAUAGCGCGAACAGAUCUUGACUUCAGGUUACAAACAUUGAAUCGAAGAGCAAUGAAGUUCUCACGGGUUUUGGCCGACUGCCAUCUUCGUGAAUCCUGGCGUUCUGCAUCCACUCGGGUUGCGAGUCAACCCCCACAGAGUCGGACCGCGCGGGAGAUCGACCCUGCUUAGCACACGAACCAUACUCCCCUGACAAGAGAUCCGAAUGGAGGCAGCAAUCUAAACAAGAAACGAACAAUGCACGACAUAGCUACAUCAGUUGACACCUGCGCGUCUGAUCUUUCUGUCUCGC